GCGUUGAAAUAGCGAAGUACUAAUUCCCUCUAGUUACUGUUAGUCUGUUUUGGUCGUUCUUUGGUUCGUUUCCGCACUCUCUCCAUUGCCGUAAUAACCUUUUUUUAUACACGGGUUGAACACGGCAACGCCAAUGAACCUUUAUCCAAAAAUGAAAUUCGACACCGCUGUUGAAUCGAAUCGACUUUGAGUUGCGCUGGAUCUGUUUCCCUCUCAAUUUUUCUUGUAUAAUUAUUAUCAUUACGUUUAUUCUUUCUUUCACUUCAAUUAAUGGAUCCAAGAGGUUUAGCGAUGCUGGUGGCGAUUCUAGUUGCGGAAAUUGGUUUGGUCGCGAACGGGAAUUUAGUGUUCCCGGUGGAGCGUCGGAGAAGGAGUUUAAGCGCUAUCAGAGCUCACGAUGCUCGCCGCCGAGGUAGAAUUCUCUCCGCCGUGGAUCUCAACCUCGGCGGCAAUGGUAUCCCUACUGAAACAGGUUUGUAUUUUACGAAACUCGGGCUUGGCUCUCCUCCGAAGGAUUAUUAUGUGCAAGUUGAUACAGGGAGUGACAUUCUAUGGGUGAAUUGUGUUGAGUGCUCGAAAUGUCCCAGGAAAAGUGAUCUUGGUAUAGAGUUGACUCUCUAUGACCCGAAGGGCUCCGAAACUUCAGACUUGAUUUCUUGUGACCAAGAUUUUUGCUCUGCCACGUAUGAUGGUCCGAUUCCUGGUUGCAAGUCUGAAAUUCCGUGCCCCUACAGCAUAACUUAUGGAGAUGGAAGUGCAACUACUGGAUACUAUGUAAAGGAUUAUCUUACUUAUAACCGUGUCAAUGGCAAUCUUCGUACUGCAACACAAAAUAGCAGCAUCAUUUUUGGGUGCGGUGCAGUACAAUCUGGCACAUUGGCUUCAUCUAGUGAAGAAGCCCUUGAUGGAAUAAUUGGUUUUGGACAAGCAAAUUCUUCGGUGCUUUCACAGCUUGCUGCAUCUGGAAAGGUGAAAAAAAUAUUUUCACACUGCCUUGACAAUAUUCGUGGUGGUGGAAUAUUUGCCAUAGGGGAAGUGGUGGAACCAAAAGUCAGCACAACUCCAUUGGUACCAAAAAUGGCACACUACAAUGUGGUUUUGAAAAAUAUUGAGGUUGAUACAGAUAUUCUACAGCUUCCCUCAGAUGUAUUUGAUUCUGGAAAUGUGAAGGGGACAGUAAUAGAUAGUGGAACAACCUUGGCUUAUCUUCCUGACAUAGUUUAUGACCAACUGAUUCCAAAGGUUUUGGCCGGGCAGCCUGGACUGAAAUUAUAUACUGUUGAGCCACAAUUUAGUUGUUUUCAGUAUACUGGAAAUGUUGAUCACGGAUUUCCAGUUGUCAAGCUUCAUUUUGAGGAUUCUCUUACUCUGACAGUCUAUCCUCACGACUACUUGUUCCAGUUUAGAGAUGGUAUCUGGUGUAUUGGCUGGCAGAAAAGUGUGGCAGAAACGAAGAAUGGAAAGGACAUGACCCUUCUUGGAGAUUUGGUGCUAUCAAACAAACUAGUCUUGUAUGAUCUUGAAAAUAUGGCCAUUGGAUGGACCGACUACAAUUGCUCUUCCAGCAUUAAAGUGAAGGAUGAAACAACUGGAGUAGUACAUACAGUGAGUGCACACAAUAUUUCUGGGGCUUCUACCUUUUUUAUCGGAAGAAUAUUAACUUUCUUUUUGUUACUAACUGCCAUGCUAAUCAAUUAAAUUAACUUGGUUUUGAUAUAAUAGGGAUGACAUUCAUUUGAUUUUGUUGUAACAUAAUUCCUUGAAUGAUAAGGUGUGCAUUGUGUUUGAUAUGGUAUAAUCAGUCAUUUAUAGUGUAGAUAGAAUUGACCAAGGAGCAAAUAUUUUUAAGAUUUUUUCUUUCAGUAUUUUUUUUGUAUUAUUUUUUAAAAUGGAUUUCCUAAAGAAUGUAUUGCCUUGACUUUUAA